UCGCCACCUGUUUGAGAGCCAGUACACACUAGACCAGAGGAGAGAGCUACACCCAAAGCUGAACACCCUCUGCAAGUACCUCAGUGAGUGGCUACACAAGAUGGCGGCUCGCGGCAAGGACCAAGAACCUAAGCCUGGACAAGUCCAACUGCCUGGUGGUGUCUGGUGGUCAGAUCAGCGCUGACUUUCCCUGGGCGCAGUUCUCCCUGGUCGUAGAGUAUGAAUACCUGGAAACCUCUGCCUGGACACAGUUAUGUCAGAGACAGAAUAUCAGACAUGUCGCCUUGAGGGUUGUCAAGAAGUUAUUGGACGCAGCUAGUCUGAAUGCUUCAACUCUCAGGACCCCCACUGUUGACAAACGUCCGCAGUUUACCUUCAUUGCUUCACAUGAUGUGAUAAACAACGCUGAACUCCUUCAUUCACUGGAGUCAAGAUAUGAUGUCCUGCUCCUGGAGAGAGACUACAGAUGUAUGCAGCGUAGAGAAGCCAUCAGAGAAGCUUACUACGCUGACCUGAUCAUAGACGAGAGGACGUGCGUGGUGUUACACAGGCUGAGUGAUUUGAUGGAAGAUCACCAGGUGGAGCCACUGUUGAAGAAACUGAUUGGACUGAGUUCGAAGUACGAGACAUGCUGGUUGAUCCUGUAUUCAUUGUACACGCAGGGAAAACAUACCCAAUAUGCAUACUCUGGCAAUGUCAGCAGCUGUAUCUCCAAGUUACUGGGUACAGUACAUCACCUGUGUAGAACACAAGACAAGUUUGAUGUACAGGUGUUAUACUCUAGUAGUACAGUAGAGACAGCUAAGUUGAUACGUCAGGUGGGCGAGGUCACACUUAAAUCCACCAAGGUGUUAUCGCAACAAGACUGGCUGGGCAGGAGCUGGCUAACCCAUGAUAUGAGUACACAUGAGAAAUUCCUGUUGCGUUUUCCUUGCAUCAACUCAUUUAGUGCCCAGAUCCUGCUGACGGUCACCUCCCUGUCCCAGCUGGUGUUGAUUCCCUGGCCACAGCUGGUCACUGUGUGUCCAUGGCUGCCACAUAAAGUACUCAAGCAAUUUUUCUGCUUGCUGCAUGGCCAAGCAGGCUGCCAACAUUAUAUCCAGACACCAGAUGGCAUUGACAAUCUAAAUAAUAUCCCUAAUGAUGGAACCGUCUACCUUGAAAAUGCAGCUUCCAUGGUGACUGAGCAAGUUGCCCAGGCAACAGAGAUGAAUCCGCCAAUAGGUGUCAGUGCAGUGCAAGACAGACCAAACCCAUUAUUUGAGAAGGUUGCUGAACAUUCAGUCCCCCGUAGUAGCAGACAGGGAGUGAAUCAAGAUGUACAUGACUAUAUGGGUAAUCCUAAAACAAGGCAUUUAUAUGACUGGAACAAACCACCUGGUUCUUUUAGUCAAGUAUCCUACAGUGUGCCUGCUUUCAACACAGAAAAUGAAUUGAAGAGAAAAGGGAGGGAAGAAAGGGCUGAACAAAACAUCUUCCUGCUGGAGAAGAGUGGCACAUCUUCUGGACCGGCAGGGUAUUUUGUUAAUGGAAAGGCACAGUUAGUGCCAUUCCCUGUUCCUCAAACUCAUGACCAGAAAUUAGUCCAUGGAUCCAGUGCCUACAGCACGUCAUCUAUCAAACAAGAUAACCACAGUCUUCCCCACAUACAGUCCUCAGAGAGUGCACUUCAAGGAAUUCACCAAGCUCUGGCCGUGGUCAGUGCCCAGCCUGAAUACAGUGGCUCCAGAGUGAAGACCCCUGGCCUGGGCCAGAGUAUGCCAGUACCAGGGACCUUGCCUCAGAUUGGCAAUGAUACAGAGAUGAACAAGCAAGUCUUACAUCACACCUCCAUUGGUGCUGUGGCAGGCUCUGAAAUUAAAGGCAGAUAUGAAAUCCCAGGAGUUGUAACCUCAGGUGUUGUGACCUCGGCGCCAUCAGUUCCACCAGGCAACCAUAUUGAGUUCCAAUUUCAUCCCAGGACUGCUCCAAAGGAAACUAUGGAGAGGACUGGCACCUUCUCCCCUGGGAAACACCCCAGUGGAAGCCUAGAGACUGUCCCAGGGAUUAAUAUG